GCUCAGUGAAGACUGGUCCUCGGCCUAUAUGGAAGUCCACCGUGGGUCCUGACUGCACCCCCUGGCUCUUCCGGCCUCGCCCGCACCAUGCCAUCCCGGUCCCGGCCCCAGGGAGCCCUGGCAGCAUCCCCCGCAGAAAGAGCUGUUAUCUCCACAGGAGAGAAACCUGCACAUUUCUACCAAAAAGAAGACAACUUGGAGGGUCUGCAGAAAGAACCCACAGUCCUGGGGAUUAUCCAGAUCCUGUGCUGCGUGAUGAUUUCAAGUUUGGGGGUCAUUUUGGUUUUUGCCCCCUACUCUCCCCACUUCAGCACAGCAGUUUCCACCAUUGUGACGUCUGGGUACCCAUUUGUGGGAUCGCUGAGCUUUGCCAUUACGGGAGUCCUCUCGAUCAUCUCUGGAAAAAAGUCCAGUAAACCUUUUGCCCUGAGCAGCCUGGUCUCCAACGCCCUGAGCGCCCUGGCCGCGGGGGUGGGGCUCUUCUUCCUGGGGCACAGCCUGGGAGCCGUGGGGGCGCUCUCUCGACAGUGUGACUCAGAAAAGGAGCAUCUCCCCUCCUUGCCUUAUGCAAGCUACUAUCAUUCAAUAGCUGAAGUCAAGAACUGCCUCCUGGCGGGUGUCAGCCUCACAGGCAUGCUGGUGGUAAUGCUUGCCUUCACUGUGCUGGAGCUCUUACUGGCGACAUACGCGUCUGUCUUUUGGUGGAAACAGGUCUACUCCAGCCACCCUGGAGUGUACUUUCUUCGCCUAAGUCACAAGAUCAUACCCAGCAUGUCGAAAAGAGCUCUUCAAGGUCAGGGAUACGAAUAACGCUUGACCUUCAAGGAGAAAGGAGGAGCAACUCCUGGCAAAAUGAUUAAGCUCUGCUGAAAGUUCAGCUACUUUACAGCUCUAGAAAAAAAUCUUAAAAUAGGUUUUGCUUUGGGGCCCUCCCUGGUGGCACAGCAGGUUAAAG